UUUCCGUGGAGAGGAACAAGCACGAGUGUCGUGGAAUUUUUUGAGGCUCCGCUUUGGCGGAGCUAUCCCUGUUGUGGUUAAUGGUAGAGCAAACGCGUGUGUCGGGGAAGUCUUGCAGUCUGCCCUUCGAGCGAGCUGUGGAAGUGCUGGUUUGGAGCAGAAGGAGCGGAGUGUCGUGGGGUUAUCGGAGGCUUCCCUUCCGUGGAGCCUCUCACCGUUUCUGGUGAAAAGCAAACAAGCACGAGUGUCAUAGGAUCUUUUGAGUGUCCAGGAAUUUCAGAGGCUCUGCUUUCUAUGGUGCUUCGGCGGAGCCUUUUCACCAUUGCAGGUGAAAAGCAGAACAAGCACGAAUGUCAUGGGAAUCUCUGAGUGUCGUGGAAUUUUGGAGGCUUCCCUUUGGCAGAGCUAUCCGUAUUGUGAUUAGUAACAGAACAAGCACGAGUGUCGUGGAUCUUUUGGAAUCUCCACUUAGACUGAGCUAUAGAAUGAGCACGAGUGCCGUGGGAUUGAGGCUUCCCUUCUGCAGAGCUGUCCCGUUAGAUGCACCAAGCACGAGUGUUGUGGGAGCACUGGAGCGUCGUGGAAUUUUUGGAGGCUCCACUUCAGCUGAGCUAUCCCUAUUGUGGUUAAUAACUGAAUAAGCAUGAAUGUCGUGGGAUUUCUGGAGGCUUCCCUUUGGUGGAGCCUCUCACCAAUGCUGGUGAAAAGCAGAACAAGCACGAGUGUCGUGGGAUCUUUUGAGUGUCGUGGAAUUUUGGCGGUGCCUCUCACCGCUGCUUCGAUGGAGCCUUUUCACCAUUGCAGGUGAAAAGCAAAACAAACACGAAUGUCUUGGGAAAUUCCGAGUGUCGUGGAAUAGCCUGAGGCUCCGCUUCGGCGGCGCGAUCCCUCUGCCGGUCGGUAAGAGAACAAAACAGCGUUACGCUCCUCGCUCUCUACAGCGCCCCCCUCCCGGCGCAGCGCAGAACCGCACUGCGGACCACGCUCCCCUCCGUCCCACGUGGCGAUGUUUGCGCAUGCGCGCUGCCGCCCUUUCGCUCCGAACUGCACCUCCCCCCCGGCGUGAGUGCCAGCCUCCCACGCGCAAGGCACGCUGGGACUCGCAGUCCCCCCGCCGCGUUCUCCCGGUAGGCCCCGCGGCGCGCGGCGUUUAAACGAACGGCCGUUGCCCGUCCGUGCGUGCCGCUGCCGGGACGGAGCGCCGCGCCAUGGAUCCGCGGCUUUACCGCCACGUUUGUCCCGGGCGCGUCGUCAACAUCCAGCGCAGCAACGGUCUGUUCCACAAAGCGACGGUGAAGGAGGUGAACGCGCAGCAGCGCUCCGUGUCGGUGGAGUGGUGCGAGGCGGGCGUCGUCAAGGGCAAAGAGAUUGAGAUUGAUGAUGUGAUAACAUUAAAUCCUGAGUUAGCAGAAGAACUACCCACUGCAGAAGUGAAAGAGAACCUUCCUUUGCAAGAGAAUGUAACGGUGCAGAAACAGAAGCGUAGAUCAACUCUUUCAAAGAUUCCUGCUCCACGGGAAGCUGUGCGGGGCCGUUCUAGGAUGUCUGUCAUCACCGAAUCUCAGCACAACCUCCAGGAAAAUCAGAUGGGGGUGGAUCCCUGUACUUCUACACAAAUAAGAAACAACUUGGCAGUUCCUGCUGGCCGAACCAGAGCUAGUAGGCUGCGCUGUGCUCCAGAAAUUGUGCUUCCAAAUGGAAAUGGCAUUACAGAGGAUAAUCUGCCUUCUGCUAGAAUAAGCUCUUCACAGAGCCCAGUUCGAAGAAAAUCUAACAUUGUGAAAGAGAUGGAGAAGAUGAAAAACAAGAGAGAAGAAAAGAGAGCUCAACUUAGUGAAAUCAGGACGAAACGUGCACAGGAAAUUGACAGCAGUUGUCCAAACUGGGAGUUUGCACGGAUGAUCAGGGAAUUCAGAGCAAAUUUAGACUGCCAGCCAAUAUCCCUAUCUGACCCAAUAGAAGAACAUAGAAUUUGUGUGUGUGUUAGGAAGCGCCCUCUGAAUAAACAAGAGAUAAACAAAAAGGAAUGUGAUGUGAUUACUGUUCCAAGCAAGUGUGUCCUUCUGGUGCACGAGCCAAAGCAGAAAGUGGACCUAACAAAAUACCUUGAAACCCAAACAUUUAGAUUUGACUUUUCAUUUGAUGAAUGUGCUUCUAAUGAAAUGGUGUACAGGUUCACUGCUAGGCCUCUUGUACAGACAAUCUUUGAGGGUGGAAAGGCAACAUGUUUUGCAUAUGGUCAGACGGGCAGUGGCAAGACGCAUACUAUGGGUGGAGACUUCUCUGGGAGAGCACAGAAUGCCUCAAAGGGCAUAUAUGCUUUUGCAUCACAAGAUGUCUUCUUUCUUCUAAGCCAGCCCAGGUACAGGAGUCAGGACCUGGAAGUCUAUGUGACUUUCUUUGAAAUAUAUAAUGGAAAGGUGUUUGAUCUCUUGAAUAAGAAGGCAAAGCUUCGAGUUCUGGAGGAUGGCAAGCAGCAGGUUCAGGUUGUUGGUCUGCAAGAGAAACAAGUUUGCUGUGCUGAAGAUGUCAUCAGAAUGAUUGAGAUGGGCAGUGCUUGCAGGACAUCUGGGCAGACUUUUGCAAAUGCUAGCUCUUCACGGUCGCAUGCCUGCUUCCAAAUCAUACUACGUCACAGAGGGAAACUGGUUGGCAAAUUUUCCCUGGUGGACUUGGCAGGAAACGAGAGAGGUGCAGACACAUCUAGUGCUGAUCGACAGACACGAAUGGAAGGUGCAGAAAUCAAUAAAAGCUUGCUGGCUUUGAAGGAAUGUAUCAGAGCUUUAGGCCAGAACAAAUCUCAUACUCCUUUCCGUGAAAGCAAGUUGACCCAGGUGCUAAGGGACUCUUUCAUAGGAACAAACUCAAGGACCUGUAUGAUAGCAAUGAUUUCUCCAGGCAUGAGUUCAUGCGAGUACACCUUAAACACACUGAGAUACGCUGACAGGGUGAAAGAGCUCAGUCCUCAUAAUGGAGGUGGUGAAACACAGAAUCAAAUGGAGGUUGAGGAAACAGAAAUGAAUGAAGAAAGCUCAGGUCUUCGACACAGUCUGUCCAAGGAUGAGGAGGAAGAUCUUUCUCCCCACCUGUUUAAUUUCCGUGAAGCUAUGAGUCAAAUUGGUGAACGAGAGGAGAAGGUUGUAGAACAGCUUCGAGAACUGAGACAGAAAAUGACAACUGAACUUGACUACCUCCUGGGAAUCACAGAACAACCAGACUAUGACCUUGAGACAUUUGUGAGCAGAGCUAAGUACUUCAUAGAAGAGAGCUCAAGAAACUUUCUUAGUGCCAGAGAAACACUGGAUGCUCUGGAAGUAGCCAUGCAACUAGAGGAGCAAGCCAGCAAGAAGAUAAGAAAGCAGAGGCAUCGGUAAAUACAGCAAAACCUGGUUUGCAAGCAAUCUUCUGUACGUCUUGAACAUUUGUCAGUGGUUUGUGUAACUACUAUUAAAUGCAGUAGGGUGCCUGAGAGAAGCAAACAUUGCAGACUAUCUCUCUUAAUGUCUUGUAUCAGGGUACUCUGUAGAGACUCUGCUAGAAACCUCCCCUUCAAGGCCUGGGGGAGGAGGGCUGAGAGUCUGCUAGAUAUGUUUCAUAUCUGGUCCUUUAUUAAUGACAAUGGACUUCUCUAAUAGAAGUAGAUACACAUAACUUUCUAAUGUACACGUAAUUUUUGAUUCCAGAUGUGCUUGAAAACACUGCAAAACUUUUCUAGGAAGAAAAUGGACUAUAUGUAAUUGUUUAAAAAAAAAAAUCAGUAUUUUACAACGUUUUUUCAAUUAAAUAAAUGUUCCUGUAUUUAAUUAACUUCAACCUUAAAACAUAUUUCUUGCUGAUUUUUGCUGAAGUCUUAACAGUCCCUGAAGACUGUCUAGUGCUGUAGAGGUACCCUAAUUUCUUGGAGUAGACUUAUUUUUGAAGUCUUUACACUUGUAAUGUUUGCAUAAAAAUAAUUUAAAAUAAAUGUUCUCUUUUAA